AUGUUCAAAGAUUCUCAUGCUUUCAUCUCUAAGUGUGAGGCCUGUCAAAAGGCAGGGAACAUCAUGGCGAGGAACGAGAUGCCUCAGAAUCCUAUCCUGGAAGUUGAGGUAUUUGACGUGUGGGGAAUAGAUUUUGUUGGCCCAUUUAACCCUGCCUCUCAUGGCAACGUUUACAUACUUGUCGCCAUCGACUAUGUCUCAAAAUGGGUUGAAGCCAUAGCCGCACCCACCAACGAUGCCAAAGUAGUCCUCAAGUUGUUCAAGACUAUCAUUUUCCCAAGGUUUGGGGUCCCAAGAUGUGUGAUCAGUGAUGGAGGAACUCACUUUGUGAACAAGGUGUUUGAGAACCUUUUGAAGAAAUAUGGUGUAAAGCACAAGAUAGCUACACCAUACCACCCUCAAACUAGUGGUCAAGUGGAGGUCUCUAACAAGCAAAUCAAGGCCAUACUCCACAAGACAGUGAACUCAUCAAGGAAGGACUGGUCAGAGAAAUUGGAUGAUGCUUUGUGGGCUUAUAGAACUGCUUACAAGACGCCAAUUGGGAGAUCUCCAUACUCUUUGAUCUAUGGGAAAGUCUUGCCAUUUGCCCCUUGA